GGCGGCGGCGCGGGGCCGGAUAAACGGCGCGUGGGGCCGGGCGCUGCCAGUGCCCUGAGUCACGGCGGGCACCGCGCUGGAGCGGCAUCCGCGGCUCUGAGUCACCGCGCGCGGGAGCGGCGCUUUUAGCGAGGGGCGUUCGGGGGCGGGAGCCGCUCCGCCCGCAGCCCCAGGGCCGGGGCCGCGCCGCCGGCGGGGCGAGUUCGGGCGGCGCGGAGAGAGAGGACGCAGCGCACGGGGCUGCGCCCGCCUGAGCCCCGCUCGGCUCCCGGCAGCGCUCCGCCGCCCGCUCUCCCCGUAGAUUUUUUUUUUUUUUUUUUUUUUUUUGUCGGCUUUCUGUUUUUUUUCUUUUUCCUUUUUCUUUUUUUCUUCCCCCGUCUUCUUCUCCCGCUGCGGACUCUCCCCCUGCUGCGGAAGGCGCGAGGCAGAGCCCGAGAGGUCGGCACGGAGCAGGGGGCGGGGAGACGGCGAGGGAGCGGCGGCCGCGGCGCGGGAAGGCGGGGACGCGGCUCCCCCGGGCCGGCCUCGGACCAUGUACCAGGACUAUCCCGGGAGCUUCGACACCUCCUCCAGAGGCAGCAGCGGCUCCCCGGGACACCCCGAGCCCUACUCCGCCGGCGCAGCCCAGCAGAAAUUUCGAGUAGAUAUGCCAGGAUCAGGCAGCGCUUUUAUCCCCACGAUCAACGCCAUCACAACCAGCCAAGACCUGCAGUGGAUGGUGCAGCCCACCGUCAUCACCUCCAUGUCCAGCCCGUACUCUCGCUCACACCCAUACAGCCACCCGCUGCCACCGCUGUCCUCAGUGGCCGGACACACAGCCCUACAGCGACCGGGUGUGAUCAAAACCAUCGGCACCACAGUGGGACGGAGACGAAGGGAUGAGCAGCUGUCGCCCGAGGAAGAAGAGAAGCGAAGGAUCCGGAGAGAGAGGAACAAGCUGGCAGCUGCUAAAUGUCGUAACAGGCGCCGAGAGCUAACAGAGAAACUCCAGGCGGAAACUGAGGUGCUGGAGGAGGAAAAGUCAGUGCUUCAAAAAGAGAUUGCUGAGCUCCAGAAAGAGAAGGAGAAACUAGAAUUCAUGCUGGUUGCUCACAGCCCUGUGUGUAAAAUCAGCCCUGAGGAACGUCGGAGCCCACCAACCAGCAGCCUCCAGAGCGUUCGGACUGGAGCAAGUGGAGCAGUGGUAGUGAAGCAGGAGCCUGUGGAGGAAGAGAUCCCAUCUUCCUCUUUGGUCCUUGACAAAGCUCAGAGGUCUGUCAUUAAGCCCAUCAGCAUUGCUGGAGGUUAUUAUGGGGAGGAGGCACUCAACACUCCCAUCGUGGUGACCUCAACACCAGCCAUCACUCCUGGUUCCUCCAACUUGGUGUUCACCUACCCCAACGUCUUGGAUCAGGAGUCUCCUCUCUCCCCGUCCGAGUCCUGCUCCAAAGCUCACCGGAGGAGCAGCAGCAGUGGUGACCAGUCCUCGGAUUCCUUGAACUCUCCCACCUUGCUGGCAUUGUAAUCCCCUGAGGCCCCCCAUUGCCAGUGUGUUACAUCCCCCGCCCAGCUCCAUGGGGAGACCUCUCCAUGGGAUUAGAGACAGGCACAGGAUCGUUCAAGCACAAGGGCAGCAAGAACAAGAAUGGGGAAAUGCUGCAGCUCCAGGAAAGAGAGCGAGGACCAACGCCAGCUCCCUGGAGGCAGGAAAUGGCAAGGGUGGGACUGAUGCACCAGGACUGAUUGGAGAGGGCAGUGUCUCCUCUGUAGGGUCUGCCAAUGGAAGUCUCGUCUCGGCACCAUAGUGGACUUGGGGAGCACUCCUGGCCAGGACUGAAAGCGAGCUGCAGACAGUUGCUAGCCAUCCCUUUCCUUUGUGAAUUGAUCUGAUCGGUUAUGCUCUGUGCUUAGAUCUUUCUGGUUAGUUACCUUACAACUUCUUCUUUCCCCCUAUCUCUCUCUGCCUAUCAUUUCCAAUGUUGUCGAUCCUAUGACAUUUCAUCCAGUUGAUCUGUACUCUAAAGUCUUGUUAGGAUCUUUCUUGGGACAGGCUGUGGGAAACAUGCACGGUUGCCUAGCUGGGAGGGGGAUGCCUGGUGAGAGGGGGACCAAGAGGAGCUAAAGGGCUCAGUGGCAGGGGCAGAGCUCAUUAUCUGUGACACGGACACCAUGAACGGAGAGAACAGGAGGCUCACGUGGAGGACUUUUUUUUCUUAACAAGUAGAUAUACUUAUCCCCUUGGGCUCCUCAAAAGCCAAGUUAGCAUCUCAGGGCCGAAGUGGCAUCAGAAAAGCUGCUGAGUUGGCACUUAGCAGUGUUUUUGGCAGGAUUUUAGCCACAGUUUGGUAAUACCAAAUCUGCUGCUGGACUUGUGUAGUUCUCCUGGGCUGCCCGUUCUCUAGGGAGUAUUGCAUCUUCCUUCCCAUCAGGGCCCCUGACUCAGAUGCUGGUAUCUUCCUGUUAGUAAAGUUGUCCCCUCUCCUUGGUAAUAUUUGCAGAACAUACUACCAAAAGAGGUAGUGCUGUGGAGACUGGCAGUGGUUAGGAGGGUGAAGGGAUUUUGUUGUGCCCUUGAUGACUUUCCUUGUUGGGAAACACGGCGGCACGCUUCCACACAGUUGAUACUUGCUGGUGGAGUUUGCUCAGAGCUUCUCAGUUUCCAAGGCUGGAGGAAGGCAGGAGUCCAGCCUCCAGCACAGCACAGGCCUUGAAGCACUCCUGACCAGGCAGCAGUGGUGUAGCUGAAGUUCUAAUAACAUCUGGUGUGACAAGUUGAUAUUGGAGAAAAAUCAGUUAUCAUUUUUUGCACCUCGGUCUCUGGCUUUUGUUGCUUUUUUGUAUUUGCAGUGUAGUUGAUCUGGUUUUGCUGGGGUUGACUGGCCUAAAGACCAAAAGCAAAUUAGAGGGCUCUUCCACCAACAUUGGGUCACUUUCUUCUCCAGCGUGUGGGCUUGGCUUCUAGUACUAAGUGCUCACAGAUGGUAAAAGUGCUGAAGUUCACUGCUGAGAACAGUGAUGUGUGAAACUAUUCCUGCUUGGAGCCAAGCUCAGUUCCCAUAGGUGUCAAGGCACUGUUGAACCAUGAACUUGUGCACGUGAGGAUAGCUCUGCUUGCCAGUUAAGCUGCUUAGGGGAUAGCUCUUUAGUCCAGCCUGUUGAAGCAGUGAUGGCAGCUAUUUAUUGUGAGAUUUUCUUCGUUAUUAUUGUCUUUAAAUUGGUGGAAAGUUGGGAAUUUCUUGGUCAGGCUGGACCUGGAGAAAUAAAAAUGCAAUGACAGGGUCAGUGCUGUGAGAUGCUGAACUGCUGCAGCUCUUGCCAACUCUACUGGGAAUUAAUAGGGCCCAGUCUUGUGCAGGCAGACCUUUGCUCAGGUGGUCUGGAUUCCCUCAAACUCUGGUCACUGCCUAUUCCUUUAAUCAUUUCAAAGGGACACUAUUUGGCUGUUUUUUGUUUGUUUUGUUUUAAUUAUUAUUAUUUUAAACCGAGUUAUUUGCAAGAACUGCCAGCAAUAGAAAGACGAUUGAUCUUUCUCCUUUGUAAAACUGAUUCAAUAAUACAGGAUUUUUCUUUGUUGCUUAAACAUUUCCAUUGUUACUCUAGUGCUAGAAGUUUCAAAUUGAGCUCUUUCAAUAACCAAAGUUGAUAAAGGAAUUCUCCCCUCACAUGAUCAUCAAAACUUUUUUGUAAUAAAGUAGAGGCUUUAUGAAAAAAUCCUUAGGUGUGGCCUUCCUUGUACUCUAUCCCCACAUCUGCCAGCCCACAAAUGCCAUCCUAGCAACUAGAGAUGUUUGUUAUCACAUUUGACAUAGUCCUUCUCUGAUAGCCCCAGAUUGGUCUCUACAAGUUACCUGAGAGGUUUGUUUUUUGUUUGUUUAUUUGUUUUUCCCUAAAUUGACAGUUCUUAUGUCAGGGACUCGCCACUCAUCCAUACCUGCUCCCCAUCCCCAUGGGAGAGGCAUGUAUCCCAAGAAAGUCAGUGACUCCUACCUUAGCUUUUGCUCCCUGAAUUGUUUCUGGAAGGAGCUGCAACUGGCUCAUGCCCACUGCGUGUUGACCUGUCAUUGAUCUUCUCAGUAGUAGGACAGGAACAUCCCCUUUUUUGUCCUGUGAUACUGGUGGGGAGCAAUUUGAAACUGCCCUGAAAAGACAAUCACUUUCUGCUACUUGAAAGAGCCCUGAAUACCUUGUGCCUGCCUGUUCUCUCCCUCAAACCUCUGAGAGGAUGUCUGUGUUGGGCUCGCUGGUCUUCUGCCUUUUGUAUUUAGUGGAUCAGCAUUACCUUUGUUUAGUUGCUCGCAGACAGGUACAGCUUGAAGUCUCCUGCUGUUUUGUUCUGGCCCUCUGUAAUUCUUUACAGGUUUACUGGUGUGCUUUUGGGAAUUGAGUGUCUUCCCCACUCCACAAACUGUAUUUGCCUUGAGUACCUUCCCCAGAGAUUCCUAAAUGUACAAUGUCUCCAUGUUCUUCUGCCCGUACUGGGGAUGUUGGGUCAGUUUCUGAGCAGAAGUUGUGGAAGUUGAUAGAAAAAGGCCUUGGGAAUUUCAGCUGGUAUUGAAGUGACCCCCUAGUGACUGGCCCAGUGAAACAUCCAGCAACAUCUGAAGUUAAUCAGUGCCCAACUAGGAGUGGCAGUAGCAGCUGCUUGAAGGAGACGCUUGGCUUCCAGGCGAUGUUCAGCAUUCCAGUUUUGCCCUCGUUUUUCCUUCCUCCCUCCCUGGUUGUGGCACUGCCUUCAUCCAUUCCUUUCUCUUAGGUGUGGAGAUGGGUUAGUCUCAAACUGCUUGUGGUGUGAUGGUAUUUGGGACCAACCUGCUGGGGACAGUAGCUCUCUGUUGUGUUUUUUAAUAAUUAUUAUUUAAAUGAUCUAUUUAGUUCAUCUGAACCUUUAAUUUUGCUGCUUACUGUAUGUAGGAUCCACCUGGCCUUUAUCCUAAAUGAAAAGAAAACAAAAACAAACCUAAGACACCUCUCUCCUCCCUGGUAUCUUAUUAUUUAUUGGCAGGCAGCCGUUCUGUGCCUGCUCCAGCAGAUCUGCCCGCCAUUAAUUUAACAUCCUCACAACUUGCAUUCCUGGUGUUUGGUUGUUGCUUUUCUGCUUUUUGUUUUGAUUUUUUUUUUUUCCUUUCAUUCCAAGAAAGACUUCUGAAAUGUAAGAAAUCUUAUUGUUAUGACACUUAGAAGUUCAUUUUCAUUAGGAAGGCCAAGUCAAACAUUUUAAGAGGUGAGGGGAACAAUCUACAUUUUAUUUCUUAUUUAUUUAUCAUGUUUACAUCUUUUUUUUUUUUUUUCUUGUUCAAGACUUGGAUAUAAUAAAGAAAGCAUUAAAAGUAUUCCAAUUUUCUUCUUUUUUUAGGUUUGUUUUUUUUUUUUUGAUUCUUUAA